UUCUGUACAAAACUUUGUAACUGUAUUUUCUUCUAUAUUUGAGUUGUAGGCAUAAGGUAUGAAUAACGAGGUGAUGGAGAAGAAGCUGUACGAUGCAUGUUAUGAAGGAGAUGUAGAUGCGUUGGAGGCAUUGAUACAAGGAGAUAAAUUUACUCUUGCUAGGGUUUCGUUGUCUUCUACCUUUAACCAAACACCCUUGCAUCUAGCUUCUAUGUUAGGUCAUCUUGAAUUUGUUAAGUCUUUCCUUUCUUAUAAGCCUGAUUUUGAAAAAAAUCUAGAUCUACAAGGUCGUUCUGCUCUUCAUUUGGCAUCUGCAAAUGGAUACCCGAGUAUCGUUAAACUGUUGAUAGAGUAUGAUGAGAACAUGUGCCGACUUUGUGAUGAGGAUGGAAGGACUCCUCUUCAUUUGGCUGUGUUUAAAGGUCAAGAUGAGUGUGUUAGUGAGUUGCUUAAAGUCGACUCUGAGUCUGAUCAAGAAAGGACCAUGUUGCAGUUGUGUGUCAAGUAUAACCGUUUGGAUGUUCUCAUUCUUAUUCUAGAAUCAAAUGAUCAGGAUUUGUCAAACAUCAAACAUGACGACGGCAAUACUAUACUACACUCGGCCACAGCUUUGGGACGAAUCCAGAUAAUAAAAUACCUAGUUAAGUGUAGAAGUGAAGUUGAUGUCAAUGCUGUAAAUAAAGGUGGUCUCACAGCUUUGGACAUAAUCGAGGAGAUGCCCAAAGAUGUGAAAAAUAAGGAAAUUAGGGAGUUCCUUAUCUCAGCUGGUACUACGAGGGCUAAAUCAGCCACAGCAGCAACGCCAACUAGCCUACUGAUUCCCGGGGAAGACGGAGUAGAAUCGGGCCAUCAUAGUAAGCUGUUAAACCUGUGGAAGGAGGUGAAAAACUCUGCCAUCUUUCACGAGGAAGUGGAACGUAGAGACGAUACCUUACUGGUAGGAGCAUCCGUGAUAGCUGCUAUGGCAUACACAGCAGCUAUUAGCCCACCCGGUGGUGUUACUGGAUUCGAUGCUGAUGCAUUUAGUGAUGCAUUUAUUAACUCCCUGGAUAGUAAUUCCACGGAGAGUGUUCUGUUUCUUCCACCUGGGGGUUCCCUACUAGCCUACUUCUGGCCGGGAUUGAGUGAUGCAUUCUGGAUAUCUAACACCAUCUCCUUCAUGGCUGCUCUAAGUGUGAUAUUUCUGUAUGUAAGUGGUUAUGCUCUGAAAAAGAAGAUCUUUGUUCUUUUUAUUAGGGGGGCUAUGUGGUUAACACUCACAUCAAUGACUACUGCCUAUGUAUGUGCAGUUGUGGCCACAAGCCCAGGUUACAGUAAAGGCUUGGAGGCUUCUUACAAGUACAACAAAACGGAUUUGGUACUUGUAAUAGGAUUUCUCGCGUGGAUAGGGAUGAUUGUGGUUGCCCUUCUGGUUGCUGCUUAUCCUUACGUCCGUUCCAUAGUGAUGAAAAUAAUUAGGAGGAUAGGUGCAAGGAACAAGGUCAAUACGUAUGAAGACGCUAACACUGUCAUCAGCACACCAGAUACUCAUAUUGUGUGAUGGAAAUAUAUGUAAGAAUGUUAUCAAAGUCUUUUAGUUUACAAGCCUUAGCUAGCUGCAUUCAGUUCCUUUGUUUUUGCCUUCUUGUGAUUGAGCAAGUAAUUUUUCGUGCCAAGUCUUUUUGUGUUAAAUACUCCUUGGAGAGCACGAUUGGAUAGUUCAAGUGGUAUUCUCUAAUCUUGCAUUAUAAGCAAGGGACAUAGAAAAACAAUGACAAAACAAUCCUUCCCUUGUUUCCCUUAUCUCAAACUAAUUUUUGGAUUUUAGUCAGUUUGUGGAUUAUUUUUGACUUUAAAUCAGAAUCUAACUUAUUAUACAAAUAAUAUUUGUUAGAAACAAACGGGGGCUUGAAGCCGGGACAAACAUCAUCUGUAUCGAUUGU